GUUUUGGCCAUGUGAUAAAAUGCAAUGAAAUUAUGUUUUUGAUUUUUUCAACUUUUAGAAGAAAUAGUUUUUCAAAAUAAAUAGUUAAACGAUGGGGAAGAGAAAAAAUAAAAAACAUGAAGAAAAACGAAAAGAUUUAGCUUGGAAAGAUAUCGUUAAAGAAAACAUGCUAAUGGAGAACUAUUAUAAGGCACAAUGCAUUGUUGAUGAAAAUGAAUGGGGUCACUUCAUCGAAGUUUGUCGAAAGGAUUUGCCUUCAACAUUUCGUAUAACUAAAAUUCGAGGACACGCAAUGGAUUUAUUGAAAAGUUUAAAAGAUGGGUAUAUAAAUAAAAUAACUUCUAGUGAUGUUAAUGAUGCAAUUCCUUCUGAAAAAACAGAAGAAGAGCCAGAAAAUGAACAAGAUCUGCUUUUGGAGCCAAUAGCAUGGUACCCUGACGAAUUAGCCUGGACUAGUAAUUUGUCCAGACGAUUUAUAAGACGUUCUGAUAUUCUCCAUAAAUUGCACAACUUCUUAGUAGAAGAUAGUGAAUGUGGAGCAAUUACUAGGCAGGAAGCUGUAAGCAUGAUUCCACCUAUGCUUUUAGAUAUCAAACCGCAUCAUUUAGUUUUAGACAUGUGUGCUGCACCCGGUUCAAAAACUGCCCAAAUUAUUGAGUUAAUGCAUGAAAAUCAGCAUGAAGCUUUGCCUACUGGAGCACUUAUAGCUAAUGAUGCUGAUCACAAACGGUGUUACAUGCUUACUCACCAAGCUAAAAGAUUAAACACACCAUGUGUUAUUAUUACGAAUCAUGAUGCAUCAAUUUUUCCAAAACUUAUUUUAAAGAAUGAGUCUGGUGAAAAUGAGGCUCUGAGUUUUGACAGAGUUUUAUGUGAUGUUCCAUGCAGUGGUGAUGGUACGUUAAGAAAAAAUCCACUUAUUUGGAGUAAAUGGACACCUCAUAUGGGAAUAGCUUUGCAUCAACUUCAAAUACGAAUUCUUAUCAGAGGACUUGAGAUGCUCAAAAUUGGUGGUCGUUUAGUUUACUCAACAUGUUCAUUUAAUCCAAUUGAGAAUGAGGCAGUUUUAUCUCAUGUAUUAUUACAAUCAAAAAACGCAGUUCAAUUAGUGGACUGUUCAAAUGAGAUCCCUGAUCUCAAAAGAAAACCUGGUUUGCUAAACUGGAAAGUUUUCAAUAAGCAGGGAAUGGAGCUUAAGUUUUUUGAGGAGACAGGAAAACCAUCUCUAAUUAAACCAAGUAUGUUUCCACCAUCUAUUGAAGAGGCAAAAAGUAUUAACUUGCAGUUUUGCUUGAGAAUUUAUCCUCAUUUACAAGACACUGGUGGGUUUUUUGUAGCUGUAUUAGAAAAGAAAGCAGAGCUGCCGUGGUCCAAAGUCAUGCAUGCAACAAAUGAAACUAUUGGUAUAAAAAAUUUUGAUGAUGUUCAAAACCGCAAAUCUUUAGAUUCAGAGACCCCUGCUGAUUCUGUGGUAGAGGAAAUCAAUAACCAGAUUGUUGCUGAUUUAGAUGUCAACGCAAAAACUAGUGAUGAAGUCUCAAGUGAACCUGUAAAAAAAAAGUUUAAGAGAGGAUCAAUAAAAGAAGAUCCUUAUAUAUUUUUAAGUGAGGAUGAUCCUGAUAUUAAUGCAAUUAGAGUUUUCUACAAUCUUUCAGAUGAUCUUCCUUCAAAACAACUUCUUGUGAGAAGUCUAGGAACAGGAAAAAAGAGACAUAUAUAUCUAGUUUCAAAAGCUGUUCAUAAUAUAAUGACUCAUAACAAAAAUAUUAGAAUAAUUAACACAGGAGUGCGAAUUGUAACUCGCUCAGCAUUAAAAGCUGGUACAAAUGAUCAUGGGGUUGAGUAUCGCUUAGUUCAAGAAGGAAUCAAUUUAAUUAUUAAGUAUAUAUCUAGCAGAAUUAUAACAAUUAGUUAUAAUGAUAUGUUGAUGUUAUUAAGCAAUUUUGAUUUACCAUUUGAAAAACUUUCACAAGAAGCACAAACUGCGCUGACCAGUGUUGAAAUGGGUUGUAUAAUAUGGUUGUUUAAAGCUGAAGCAAAAUGUACUAUAUCAUCAGAUUUAUGGUUUUGUGGUCAUCAAGGUAAAAAAGUUGUACAAUGUAUGUUAAGUAAAGAAGAGAGAAAGCAUUUUUUACGAUUACUCGCUGCACCUAUACCUGAAGAUUUUCAUCUACAAUUUAAAAGAAUUGCUACACAAAAUAAAGAUGAUCUGAAUGAAGAAUAAAUAUAUUUAAAUACUUUUUUUUGAAAUCAAUCCCCUUGAAAUCUGUAUUUAGUAUUAUAAUUAUGAACAAUGAACAAA